AUGGCACCUAAUAGCGAAGUCUAUCAUCCUAAAGAUGCACUCAAAGCAGGCAUCAAUGGCGCCUUGAUUGUUGGAACGGCUGGUGCCUUGGCUUCCGCGAUUCAAAAUAGUUUAUACAAAAAGAAUAUCGGGGCAUUGGGUGUCUUGACUAGGGGAGGAAGCACAGUUUUCGUAUGCACUGCGAUGGGAGGAGCAUAUGAAUUCACAAAACUCGCAUCUGCCAAUUUGCGAGAGAAGGACGACAGUUACAACACUGCCAUUGGAGGAUUCGUGGCGGGGUCAAUUCUAGGUCUGAGAUUUGGAACAACUCCUGCGGUUUUUGGAUUCGGCACCUUGACGGCCGUUGUGCUUAGUGCAUAUGCUUAUACUGGCGGUGCUCUAUCGGGAUACAAGAGAGAUCCAAAUGUGGAUGAAUUUGAGCGAAAGGAAUAUUUAAGGAAAAACCGACGGAUACCUAUGGAACAGACUGUGGCCGAGUUGGGCGAGGGAAGAGGCAUAUAUGGGCCUGGUUACGACGAGAGAAGAAGGGAGAGAAUCAAGGAAAAAUAUGGCAUUGAUGUACCUGCUAGAUCUUGA